CGCACGUCUACUGCAGGAAGGAACGUCAAUAAUUUGAACUAAAACAAUGACGAGCUCGAUUUGACGUUUCUUCCCUCUCGCGCAAUCUUCCUCUUUGUUGCAUUCGCUCAACGUCGCAGUCGAGGAAUGAAAAAUCAAUAAUACAGCUUUGCUCUCUCGUUCAAAGUCGAGAUCGCCAGGGGAACAAAUCAGCAGAAAGAAAGCGCUGUGUUGUGUGUGAGAUAUUGUGCAGCAUUGUAAGCAUUAACCUAAUUGUUCCAGCAAACAACAGCGCGCGACACCAUGGCCGACAACGAGCAGAAAGCGAUGCAGCUGAUUGCGGAAGCGGAGAAAAAACUGAACUCGUCCAAAAGUUUCUUCGGCUCGCUAUUCGGUGGCGGUUCGAACAAGGUCGAAGAGGCCGUAGAAUGUUACCAGCGGGCGGCAAAUAUGUUUAAGAUGGCUAAGAAAUGGAGCCAGGCCGGAUCGGCCUUCUGUGAGGCGGCCAACCUGCACGCCAAGGCGGGCAGCCGACACGACGCGGCCACCAACUACGUGGACGCCUCGAACUGCUACAAGAAAACCGACCCAAAUGAAGCGGUCAACUGUCUGCUGAAGGCAAUCGACAUUUACACCGAUAUGGGCCGGUUCACGAUGGCUGCGAAGCAUCAUCAGAGCAUCGCGGAAAUGUACGAAAAUGAAGCAAACGAUUUGCAAAGGGCGGUGCAGCACUACGAACAGGCGGCCGAUUAUUUCAAGGGCGAAGAAUCCACCAGCUCGGCCAACAAGUGCAUGCUGAAGGUGGCCCAGUACGCGGCCCAGCUGGAGGACUACGAGAAAGCGAUACAGAUCUACGAGCAGGUGGCCGGCUCGUGCCUCGACAGCUCGCUGCUGAAGUACAGCGCCAAAGAGUACUUCUUCCGUGCGGCCCUGUGCCAUCUGAGCGUGGAUCUGCUGAACGCUCAGCACGCGAUGGAGAAAUACGCACAACAGUACCCGGCAUUCCAGGACUCGCGAGAAUACAAGCUAGUGAAGACGCUCUGCGAACAUUUGGAGGAACAAAACGUGGAUGGGUUCACUGAAGCGGUCAAGGAGUACGACAGCAUCUCCAGGCUGGACCAGUGGUACACCACGAUCCUGUUGCGAAUCAAGAAGCAGGCCAACGACAAUCCGGAUCUGCGAUAAGCAGCUCACCACCAAGAAUAUCUAUCACAAUCCGCUCGUUUUGGUCUAUUUGUGCGCGCCUCCUCCCCUUCCAGGCGGCAUUAUAAUCACACGUACAUACACACAGACAUACACAAACCAAGACCUGUUUGUUUAAGUUUUUAAACUGUUGUGUUUUACGGUUCGAAACUAUUGUUUUACGCGGGCGAGUUGUGUCCGCGAACCGAACCGAUUAAAUGCAUGACACUAUUCUCUCUGUCGUUUCGUGCGGUUACCCAAAUACGACCGAAACCGAUGGUGUUGCAGGCGUAUAUCAUACCUUUUAAAACUCAUCUAUACCACUGGAAUUAAUGGAAAACGUAAGCCACAAUUUUAUCGUCUCUAGAAGCUCUAGAAUAUUGAUAACAAAAGGAAACACACACCCACACAAACUAUUCGCUACAAAACAGUAAACUGUAUAAAAAAUGUCGCUAUU